UCUCACAGUGAAAUAAAGACAAUUUUCUGAAGGUUGAGUGUCCAGAAUGAUCGCUGCAAACCCUCCAGACGCUCGGAAUGUUCGCAGGCUCCAUUGACAAAAGUGACUUCCCACGCUUUGCCCACAGAGGGCAUCCCUGCGCAUGGAUACGUAGACCAGGCGAAUGCAGCUGCUGGAAGCCUCCUCCGUCCGCUUUUUUCCCUGAGCCCUCGUCUCUCUGCCCCCACCCCCCUUCCCGUGGAAUCUUUGCCUGAUCCAGUUCGUUUCCCUCCGGUCUCCACAUUUUCCCUUCCAGCCCUCCACUUCUCCGGAUCAAUGGAUAGUACCGUUCCAACUCUCGGCUCACACACCGCUGGCGGACACCCCAGUAACAAGUGAGAGCGCUCCACCCCGCAGCCCCCUGCCUCUCCUCCCUCGCUCCCCUGCGCUCCUGGAAGAAAAACGAACAGCAUCUCCAGCUCUCGCGCGGAAUUUUCUCUUCAACUUUACCCAACCGACGACAUGGAACCAGCUUCAACCUUUUAAUGCACAGCCCAGCCACAGGAUUGCCUGCCUUCUCCUCCUGGUCCCUCCUGGAUGAUCUGUUUAUUGAUGGCUCGCAAGCCCCGCGGAGAGCUGUCUUCCCUCCUCUUGCUCCCUCCGUUUCCUUGAGUUAGUUUUCCAAGGUUUUACCAGGGCUCGGGAUCUCUUGGACCGAAUGGAACUUUUUGCUGCCUCCUUCUGCUGCUGAUUCUGUCAGUGGACAAGGAAAAAGGCUUCGAAGGCAGAAGAGGCGCAGGGGAGGUGGAGAAAGAGGUGGAGGAAGAGGACGAGGAGGAGGAGGAGGAGGAGGAAGCCGAAGGGGCUCGGCGUGUGUGUGUGCAUGUGUGCAUGCGUGUGUGAGUGCAUGUGUGUGAGUGCCGCCACUGCCCAGGACCUCUGGCCCCGAAGGUGUUGGCUGAAAUAUGGAGAAUAGUCUUGGAUGUGUUUGGGUACCCAAGCUGGCUUUUGUACUCUUCGGAGCUUCCCUGCUCAGCGCGCAUCUUCAAGUCGCCGGUUUCCAAAUUAAAGCCUUCACAGCACUGCGCUUCCUCUCAGAACCUUCUGAUGCCGUCACGAUGCGGGGAGGAAGCGUCCUCCUCGACUGCUCUGCGGAGUCCGACCGGGGAGUUCCAGUCAUCAAGUGGAAGAAAGAUGGCAUCCACCUAGCCUUGGGGAUGGAUGAAAGGAAGCAGCAACUGUCAAAUGGGUCUCUGUUGAUACAAAACAUAUUUCAUUCCAGACACCAUAAGCCAGAUGAAGGACUUUACCAAUGCGAGGCAUCUUUAGGAGAUUCUGGAUCAAUUAUUAGUCGGACAGCAAAAGUCGCAGUAGCAGGACCACUGAGGUUCCUUUCCCAGACAGAGUCUGUCACAGCCUUCAUGGGAGACACAGUGCUACUCAAGUGUGAAGUCAUUGGGGAGCCCAUGCCAACAAUACACUGGCAGAAGAACCAACAGGACCUGACUCCCAGCCCCGGCGACUCCCGAGUGGUGGUCUUGCCCUCCGGAGCAUUGCAGAUCAGCCGACUUCAACCAGGGGACAUUGGGAUUUAUCGCUGCUCGGCUAGGAAUCCUGCCAGCUCAAGAAUAGGAAAUGAAGCAGAAGUCAGAAUUUUAUCAGAUCCAGGGCUGCACAGGCAGCUGUAUUUUCUGCAAAGACCAUCCAAUGUAGUAGCCAUUGAAGGGAAAGAUGCAGUCCUGGAGUGUUGUGUUUCUGGUUAUCCUCCACCGAGCUUUACCUGGUUACGGGGCGAGGAAGUCAUCCAACUCAGGUAUGAUACAUUUAAGACUUUUGUGAAAUGGCACAGCUAUGUCAUCUUCACUGUCACAGGCAAAGUGGCCAAGACUAUUGAGGAUGACCAAUUUCUAUCACAGAGCAGUGUUUUUAACUCAAUGAAGACCUUAGAAACUGGCAAGUUCACAUCUCUACCACUCACAUUUUUUUUUUUUAUCUUUGCAGUUCCGCCAUGGUUUUUAAAUCACCCCUCCAAUCUCUAUGCCUAUGAAAGCAUGGAUAUUGAGUUUGAAUGUGCAGUCUCGGGAAAGCCUGUGCCCACUGUGAAUUGGAUGAAGAAUGGAGAUGUGGUCAUUCCUAGUGAUUAUUUUCAGAUAGUGGGAGGAAGCAACUUACGGAUCCUCGGGGUAGUGAAGUCAGACGAAGGCUUUUAUCAAUGUGUGGCUGAAAAUGAGGCUGGAAAUGCCCAGACUAGCGCACAGCUCAUUGUCCCUAAGCCUGCUAUCCCAAGCUCCAGUGUCCUCCCUUCAGCCCCCAGAGAUGUGGUCCCCGUCUUGGUUUCCAGUCGAUUUGUCCGUCUGAGCUGGCGCCCACCUGCAGAAGCAAAAGGGAACAUCCAAACUUUCACGGUCUUUUUCUCCAGAGAAGGUGACAACAGGGAACGAGCAUUGAAUACAACCCAACCUGGGUCUCUUCAGCUCACUGUGGGAAACCUGAAGCCAGAAGCCAUGUACACCUUCCGUGUUGUGGCGUACAAUGAGUGGGGACCAGGAGAGAGUUCUCAGCCCAUCAAGGUGGCUACUCAGCCUGAAUUGCAAGUUCCAGGGCCAGUAGAAAAUCUGCAAGCUGUAUCUACCUCACCUACCUCAAUUCUCAUUACCUGGGAACCCCCUGCCUAUGCAAAUGGUCCAGUCCAAGGUUACAGAUUGUUCUGCACUGAGGUGUCCACGGGAAAAGAACAGAAUAUAGAGGUUGAUGGACUAUCUUAUAAACUGGAAGGCCUGAAAAAAUUCACAGAAUAUAAUCUUCGAUUCUUAGCUUAUAAUCGCUAUGGUCCAGGAGUAUCUACUGAUGAUAUAACAGUGGUUACACUUUCUGAUGUGCCAAGUUCCCCACCUCAGAACGUCUCCCUGGAAGUGGUCAAUUCAAGAAGUAUCAAAGUAAGCUGGCUGCCUCCUCCAUCAGGAACACAAAAUGGAUUUAUUACUGGCUAUAAAAUUCGACACAGAAAGACGACCCGCAGGGGUGAGAUGGAAACACUGGAGCCAAACAACCUCUGGUACCUGUUCACAGGACUGGAGAAAGGAAGUCAGUACAGUUUCCAGGUGUCAGCCAUGACCGUCAACGGCACCGGACCCCCUUCAAACUGGUACACAGCAGAAACCCCAGAGAAUGACCUGGAUGAGUCUCAAGUUCCUGAUCAGCCAAGCUCUCUUCAUGUGAGGCCCCAGACCAACUGCAUCAUCAUGAGUUGGACUCCUCCCUUGAACCCAAACAUCGUGGUACGAGGUUACAUUAUUGGUUACGGCGUUGGGAGCCCUUAUGCUGAGACAGUGCGUGUGGACAGUAAGCAGCGGUAUUAUUCCAUUGAGAGGUUAGAGUCAAGUUCCCAUUAUGUAAUCUCCCUAAAAGCUUUUAACAACGCAGGAGAAGGAGUUCCUCUUUAUGAAAGCGCCACCACCAGAUCUAUAACAGAUCCCACUGACCCAGUUGAUUAUUAUCCUUUGAUUGAUGAUUUCCCCACCUCGGUCCCAGAUGUCUCCACCCCCAUGCUCCCACCAGUAGGUGUACAGGCUGUGGCUCUUACCCACGAUGCCGUGAGGGUCAGCUGGGCAGACAACUCUGUCCCCAAGAACCAAAAGACGUCUGAGGUGCGACUUUACACUGUCCGGUGGAGGACCAGCUUUUCUGCGAGUGCAAAAUAUAAGUCAGAAGACACAACAUCUCUAAGUUACACAGCAACAGGCCUCAAACCAAACACAAUGUAUGAAUUCUCGGUAAUGGUAACAAAAAACAGAAGGUCCAGCACAUGGAGCAUGACUGCACACGCCACCACGUAUGAAGCAGCCCCGACCUCUGCUCCCAAAGACCUGACAGUCAUUACCCGGGAAGGGAAGCCUCGUGCUGUCAUCGUCAGCUGGCAGCCUCCCUUGGAAGCCAAUGGGAAAAUUACUGCUUACAUCUUGUUUUAUACUUUGGACAAGAACAUCCCAAUCGAUGACUGGAUUAUGGAAACAAUCAGUGGUGAUCGGCUUACUCAUCAAAUCAUGGAUCUCAACCUCGACACUAUGUAUUACUUUCGAAUUCAAGCGCGAAAUGCGAAAGGAGUGGGGCCCCUCUCUGAUCCCAUCCUCUUCAGGACUCUGAAAGUGGAACACCCUGACAAAAUGGCUAAUGACCAAGGUCGUCAUGGAGAUGGAGGUUAUUGGCCCGUUGAUACUAAUUUGAUUGAUAGAAGCACCCUAAAUGAGCCACCCAUUGGACAGAUGCAUCCCCCACAUGGCAGCGUCACCCCUCAGAAGAACAGCAACCUGCUUGUGAUAAUUGUAGUCACCGUUGGUGUCAUCACAGUGCUGGUGGUGGCGAUCGUGGCUGUGAUUUGCACCCGACGCUCUUCAGCCCAGCAGAGAAAGAAACGGGCCACCCACAGCAUUGGCAAAAGGAAAGGCAGCCAGAAGGACCUCCGACCCCCUGACCUUUGGAUCCAUCAUGAAGAAAUGGAGAUGAAAAAUAUUGAGAAGCCAUCGGGCACUGACCCCACAGGAAGGGACUCUCCCAUUCAAAGUUGCCAAGAUCUCACACCAGUCAGCCACAGCCAGUCAGAAACCCAACUGGGGAGCAAAAGCACCUCUCAUUCAGGUCAGGACACUGAGGAAGCAGGGAGCUCCAUGUCCACCCUGGAGAGGUCACUGGCUGCACGCAGAGCCACCCGGGCCAAGCUCAUGAUCCCCAUGGACGCACAGUCCAACAAUCCUGCUGUCGUGAGCGCCAUCCCUGUGCCAACCCUAGAAAGUGCCCAGUAUCCAGGGAUCCUCCCGUCUCCCACGUGUGGAUACCCCCACCCGCAGUUCACUCUCCGGCCAGUGCCAUUCCCAACACUGUCAGUGGACCGAGGUUUUGGAGCAGGAAGAAGUCAGUCGGUGAGUGAGGGACCAACCACACAGCAACCACCCAUGCUGCCCCCGUCUCAACCAGAGCAUCCCAGCAGUGAGGAGGCCCCGAGUAGAACCAUCCCCACGGCCUGCGUUCGACCAACUCAUCCACUCCGCAGCUUUGCUAACCCUUUGCUACCUCCACCAAUGAGUGCAAUAGAACCGAAAGUCCCUUACACACCACUUUUGUCUCAGCCAGGGCCCACUCUUCCUAAGACUCAUGUUAAAACAGCCUCUCUCGGGUUGGCUGGAAAAGCAAGAUCCCCUUUGCUUCCCGUGUCUGUGCCAACAGCCCCUGAAGUGUCUGAGGAGAGCCACAAACCGACGGAGGAAUCAGCCAAUGUGUACGAACAGGAUGAUUUGAGUGAACAAAUGGCGAGUUUGGAAGGGCUCAUGAAGCAACUUAAUGCCAUCACAGGCUCGGCUUUUUAACAUAUAUUGCCGAAUUGAUGAGGUGAAUUUUCCAGGAACUUUGCAGCAUACCAAUUACAUAUAAACAGCACACCUGUGUCCAAGAACUCUAACCAGUGUACAGGUCAACCAUCAGAAUCACUCAGUUAAGAAAGAUCCUGAAGCAGUUCAGAAGGAAUAAGCAUCCCUUCUUUCAUAGGCAUCAGAAAUUGUAAAAUGAUGACUAUGAGGUCCCUAGACCUAAGCAAAUGUCAAAGCUGAAGAUGCUGUUAUAGAAUAGUCCUGGGUCUUUGCCACUGCAGUGACCACACUGUCAUAACUAAUGCCUGUGUUUUCCGUCAUCAAGACCUGUCAUUUUAUAUGUAGGUCUAGUCUUACAAAAUGCAAGUGCAUUAUUUAAACCUGUACCACGCCAUGGCAAACCCGUGCAAGCUCACUAUUUUGUUUUCAACUUUAAAGUACAAAGAAGCACCCAUGGGAAUUCUCUCACUACAUAGCACCAAAGGAUUGGAUGUUUUCCUUACAGCACAAAAAGUAAAUAAGUAAACAAACAAAAAGGCAGUGAAUGCUGAUGUUUGUUCAUCUUUGCACAAGUGGUGGAUAUCAGCAAGUGGCUGUAAAAUUCACCCACUUGGGCAAGUAUUUGGAACUCCACCCUUGGUUCACAUUUAUGUCGGGAGUACAGGAACAUAAAAAUCUGCAACUAGUGGCAUCCUGCCAGCAGCAGUACACUUCCAGAAAGAGGAUACAAUAUGCAAUCUUCUCAGAUAGUGGUAAUUAUAUGCUUAAGCUUGUAAUAGGACACUUUUCAAUUUGGGUGGCUUUUGUGCCAUAUCACACUGUGAUACCGUUUCAAAGCUUCACCAAGGCCAUCUUCCUCAGGAGUCUGGACAGGAGAGUCGCCCCUGCCCCUCUGCCCCUCCCUGAGUUCUCUUUGGCAACUAGCCUUGGGUAAGGUAGCCAGCUCCACACAUUGGAUGGCUUCUUUGCCAGUAUCUCCUGCCCUCCUUCCCAACACCCUGUGGAAAUAGCAGAUUCCCUAAGAGCAGACCCCAAGGAAGGGAAGGAAAAUAAAAGGCAGUUUCUAACAGUACAUUCUCUUGAACGACGCCAAUUCUGCCUGUGGCAUCAGUGUUGGCAAGUGUUGACCACCAGGCCCUGUUGCCAAGGGAACCUUCUACACCAUAGCUGUGCCAGAGUCAGGGAGAGACAGAGGGCCGGGUACCACUUUACACUUCUGACACAUCAUAAACCCACUGGAUACCUUUCAAAAGCAGCGUCUUAAACUGUGGGCUAGAAUUUUAAACUUCUAUGGCCAUGUUUAUGUACAGCUUGGAACUAGCUGAAAUUAAGAAUAUUUUGUGUGCAACAUUUUAGUUUCUGAAUUUUCAGCUGCAUUUGGAGUUAAUCCCUGUUUAUGCAGCUGAAUCGCCAAAAGGGAGCUAGUUUGCAUAUUUAUCAGUUAGGCGACUUAAAAACCCAAUGGGAGAGUUUCAGCUGAAUUAUUCCUUUCAGCUCUGCCUUUGAUUUCAAGCUUGAGUAGGUCAUAAUUUUAAAAGAGCAUGGAAGGGAUAGGAUCUUUACAACCUAAUAGCUCCUUUUAUUAGGUGGGUAAUUAUAUAUGAAUCCCUGAAUGAAAUAUUUUGAGCAAAAUGGCACUGUAACAGAAGUAAUAAUUCAGAUUAUUUUUUUACAGUUUUAUGUCAGGAAGGAAAUCUGAUGUCAGAGAGGGCUGUUCAAAUGGUUCAUUAGAAAGUCCGGUCCAUUUGCAAAAUUGUUCCUUCUACAAGAGUGCUCUUUCAAUCUAAGAUUUUCUGGAAGUCCCUCAGAAGAGCUAUGUGACAUUGUUCUAUGGGACAGAUUACUCUUGUUUAACAUCGGGGCACUUAGGUAGACAACCCUCCACUGACUUGGAAUGAGGCAUUUCUUAACAUAAUAUUGAAAUUCUUCAGAAAUAAUCCAUAACAUCAAAAAAGAAAAUGUUCAUUAGGCUAGCCUAACCUUCUCUAGGCUCUAGAAUAGCCUCCCCUUUCUAAUACUGACACACAGGGAACAUUCUCUGAAGGCAUUUGAUAUCACUAGGAUCAUUCUGGAUGCUCAAUUUGGAAUGGGCUGCAAAUCUCAGAUUUUAGGGGUUGAGUACAAUUUCAAUCUGUAGAAUGAAGUUGGACAAUCAAGAGAACUAGCAUUUUCACAAAAUUCUAGAUCCCUCUAGUCAAAGUCAAUGACUUUAGGAAGCAAAAAUUUGAAAAAAUACAUGAAAAGUAUAUGUGACUUGUUUUCAGUGGGAGUUGUAUUUCUGCUGCAUGCUCUUGAAACUUUCUUUGUUACACAAAUAUAGAGGUUUAUUUUAGCAAUUUUGGCAAUGCUAAAAAGUCUUAGCACCAAGCAUUGAAUAUAGAGUAGGAUCCAUUUAAAUAUCUUCAAAAGAAUCUAGUGUCAUUUACCUGGUGGUUUUGAUACACAAUGACUUCACCACAACUUCCAUAAACCUCUGCGCUCUGCACUCUCAAGUAGUUCACAUACGUGUACAACUGCCUGCCCUACUUUUUAGGUAACUUUCCAAUCCCUUUCCAGUCUCCUAAUUUCUUGACAAGAAGAACUUGUGAAUACUAUGAGAUAAUUCCUGUUUUGCUUCUACUGAAUCUAGUUCAUGGCAUGCAGUUCUUUUUAAGCUCAUAAAUCUCUCUGACUCCCAUAGGGUGAUGCCUGAUGGCCAGCUAGCAGUUCUGCCACCAGGAUUCAUUUCUCCCUGAAAAAGGAGAAAAAUCAAACCUGGCAGAGCAUUCUCAGGCCUCCCCUGCAAGGUGCUGAACUGUCAGGCAAGAACCUCCUCUUGAAAAAAACAAAAUGGGUAUUUAUGUUAAUAUUUCACCUGAAUAAGAAAGCUAUUUUCUUUCCUAUAGAACUUUCCACGUUUUGUUAAACUGACAGAAAUGCAAAUCGCUCAAAAGGUAUAAAAAAUAUUUGGAUGAUACACUAGCCAAAAGUUAAAUAUUUCUUAGUGAUUCACCUCCAGUAAGAAACCAGCCAGACUUGCCUCUUUGUAUAACAGAAAUCAAAAGAUAUAAACUUCUUGAAAAUUUAAAUAAUGUAACUUUACAUGUGGGUAUUAUAAAAUGCACACUCAAUUGAGCAACUUGAAAACAAAACCAAGCCAGUGAUAUAAGAGGUAGAUUUAUUAAGCCUUCUUGUUGGAUAUAACAUUAGUUUUUUUCAAAAUAAAAAUUAUUCAAAGUGAGAUGUAGGUUUAGUCUCCUGCCUUGGUAGCAGGUACAAAAGGGGAGAGCCAGCUGGCAUUAGUGUGAUGGUCCAGACAACACUUUGGACCUGUAAAAUUUGGCCUUCAUUGGCUUUUCCAAUAUAGAAUCUCUCAAGUACAGGUCUUUCUGGAAGCUGUCAGUGUCUGUACGUAAAGAUGAUUUCGAGUACUUAUCCACCCUUUGGAAACGUCUGUUGACUUUGUUUAAAUAGGCAUCUUAAGGUUGUCUCCAAAUUUAAUAGAGUGUCCUAGAUAUGACAGCUGGACUGUAAUGCCAACAAAAAGUUAUCUCUAAAGAUAUCAUCUUACUAUUUUAGACAAAAUCAUAUCCCAGACUCAGACCUCUUAUGGUUUUAGAAUGUACAUUUCUAGUCAGUAAAAGAAAGGAAACUAGAAAAAUUCCCUGGUUUUAGGUGUGUCUAAACAAAACAAACGCAUCUGAACUUUAAAAUAGGUGGGGAGCAGGGUUGCUUUCCAUGCCUCAUUUGGUUCCCUUCAUACAACCACAGGCAGUACUGCAGGCCAGAGGUUGUGUCCUACCCUGUUCAUAACUACAUCCACAAGACAGAGCCCACAAUCUUCUAGAGCUUCAGAAGCAUUCAUACACUCAAAUCUACACUCUCUCUCUUUUUAGAAAUCACAUUCAAAACAACAUUUGACUCAUAAUUUGUAUUUAUCUCAUAACUUUUCAGAAAGUGCUUUCGUAUUGUACAAAAAACCAAACACUUGACUUCGGUAUUCUAAUUCAAAUUGGAUACUUUGGAAAAUCAUAAAUAGGUGUUUUGUAUGAUAUUCCAUUCCAAUGAAGAGUAUAUGCACCCAUCCUUCAAUAUGCCUUGCUAUUCAAACUCCUGCUUCCAAAAAAUAGUGAUUCUGAAAAGAAAUGCCUAUUUCCUAGUCAGUGAGGUUAUACAGGAGACAAAAUACCGUGCCCACAUCAGAAAGUGAAUGUUAUUAUACUUCUGAUCUGGGUUCUCUGUUGCCACUAUUGGAUGAUGUUCACUUGCUGGACUUCCAGUUGCACUCUCCGAAGGAUUUUUUUCUCUUGCUCUCAGUAGAGAGCCUUUGUGCAUUGUCAUCCUAUGAUUUUUGUUGGUAGCAGUACAACAGCAAAACUCUACAAGAUGUCACAGAGGCAUGGGCCAAGGGAUCUCACUGUGUGCUGAACGUGCAUUUUCAGAUGCAAGAAAGGAAUGUUGGAGAGGAGGAAAAAUGCUGUUUUUUAUUAUUGUAGGGUAAACCUGACAAUUCUGAACUUUGUGAAUUGUCAGCUUG